AUGUGUAGGCUCACUCUGACUGCAGGUCUCUGUUUGAUGAUGGCCAGCUUGGCCUCUUCCCACAGGCUGGUGUGUUACUACAACAGCUUGUCUGAAAAAAGAGGGAAGUUCAUGGUUUCAAAUAUUGAUCCAAACAAGUGUACCCACAUGAUCUACGCCUUCUCUGACAUUAACAAACAACACAGGCUGGUCCCGAGCACAGCAACUGACAUACUACGCUAUCAGGCCUUCAAUGGACUCAAAACUAGAAAUCCACUGCUUAAAACCCUGUUGGCUGUUGGUGGCCUGAACUUUAACACACAAAAAUUCAGUGCAAUGGUGGCAACACAACAAAACAGAGCAAAGUUUAUCAGGUCUGCUAUCACACUACUGAGAGCAAAUGGUUUUGAUGGGAUAACCCUUGACUGGCGGUACCCUGGAGGAGCUGGAAGCCGACCACAGGACAAGCAUAGAUUCACACUGCUGUGCAAGGAGCUCAAAGAGGCCUUUAUGGCUGAGGGAACAGCAGAUAACCGAUUACUGGUCACUGCCAGUGUCUCUGCUGAGAAAGCAAUCAUCGAUGCCAGUUACGAAGUCCCACAGAUUGCAACGUACCUGGAUUUCAUUAAUGUGCUGACAUUUGACUUUCACCGCCCCUGGGAAAGUGUCACAGGACAUCACAGCCCCUUAUAUCAGGGAUCCCAGGACACUGGAAACAACAUCUACGCUAACACUGACUAUGCCAUGCGGUACUGGCGGGACCACGGAGCACCGCCACAAAAGAUAAACAUGGGGUUAGCAGCAUACGGGCGAGUUUUUAACCUCUCCUCUGCAUCCAGUGUUGUUGGAGCACCAGCCAGUGGUGCCGGUAUAGGAGGUCUCUUCACUGGUGAAGAAGGACUCUGGGCCUAUUAUGAGACUUGCCUUUAUCUUGAAAGAGUAGAAGUCCGGAUGAUCUCUGAUCAGAGCGUUCCAUACGCCACCACAGGAAAUCAGUGGGUUGGAUUUGACAACCACUACAGCCUUGAAGUUAAGACCAGUUACCUAAAGGCUAACAACUUUGGAGGAGCUUUUGUCUGGUCUCUGGACCUGGAUGACACUAGUGGACAGUUCUGUAAACAGGGCAACAACCCUUUCAUCAGCCACCUGCACACUCUCCUGUGUCCAGAUUUUCCUGACCUUACAGCUACAACAAACACUGCCACAACUGAAGCUCCCACAACAGCCACUCCAACAACAGCCACUCCAACAACAGCCGCUCCCACAACAAUCUCUCAGGUCAUUAAAUCAUGUUUUUCUGACUUCACCCAAAACAGGAUCUAG